UUCAUAGUGAUAACUCAAUGAAAACUUUUUACGCAUUGUCAUGAAAAUGUUAUUACUGCGAUGCUGACUCAUGCUACUGCUGGUGACUGUUCUCUAUUUGUGUGCGUGCUUGCCUGCUUGCCUGCGACACGAGGCACCGUAUUUGAGAAAUUGAGGAGCUGCGGUUCAGUGUGCGUCUGACUGCGGUAGAGUGUCAAACUGAACAUUUCUCCCUGAAGUUUAAAGAGUUCAUGUAGUGAAACAAUGAAAAUCAAAUUAACCUGAGGUGCGCCAACACCGCGUGUGUACCUCACUUUGCUUCUCGAUACUUUAUUAUAGCUGACUAAGGACAAAGCUAGGUGCGGUGAGGCGAGACGUUCCUCUCUACAGGAUGAACCCAGCAACUACAGCCGACGCUGAGCGUCUUCGCAGUCUCUCAGGCGAGGGGCGACGCGACGGAAGAACAAGGUUCGCCCAGCUGGCGCCGGGGAUGCGAGCGCUAGUGACAGCUUUAGUGUUGGUGGUGAUGCUGGUGGUGGUGGUGACGAUGCUGGUAGCAGGCAGAAACAAACUACAUCGUUUGUUAGCCACUACAAAUCAACAUGGUGCUGAUUUCGACAAGACAUGUGGGAGUGUGGAGGUGACGGGAGACCAAACUUUCUUGGAGAACUACGUCUCCUGUGUCACCAUCGAGGGAAACCUGCGCAUCCAGCUCAUUGAAUACAACGAAACCCAGCCACUCGUUGGUCUCCCAAACCUCAUUCAGGUGACUGGCUACGUGAUCAUCUACCAGCUCUCGUACUUAAGAACGCUGCGCCACUUGCUCCCGCGCCUGGCUGUCAUCAGGGGACGCGAACUCUUCCACGGAUAUUCCCUCGUAAUAUAUGGUAACAUCUUCUUGCAAGAACCAAACCUUUGGAACUUGACCCACGUGCUGAGCGGCGCGGUGCGGGUGGAGAAAAAUCUGUGCAGCGGGCCUCCUAACCGCUGGGAUCUGCUCUCCCCUUCCCCGGCCCUCAACGUGGUGCAGGAUUAUGGAUUGUGUAUCUACCCGAUGUGUGAGGAGCAGAGGGACUGUGCCAAUGUCACCACCGCCCUCCACACCUAUUGCACUACGCAUGGCGGCUGCUACCAAGGUCCCCAGUGCCACGAGGAGUGUGUGGGAGGAUGCCACGCCCUUCAUGAUCCUGACGCAUGUGUAGCCUGCAGGAAUUACCGGGACGGCCACACUUGCGUCCCUGAGUGUUCUAGGUCUGCUGCCAACAAAGUCCACCACUUAGAUUAUCGAUGCAUUCGCGAGAACGAGUGUGCCAAGGAGCCGUGGAAGGUGGAGAGAGAGGUGGGGCCGCAGGGUACUGAACGGCUGGUCUGUGUUCGAUGUAAUGACAAUUGCUACGGGACGUGCCGCGGAACAAAGGUCACCACUGCAAAUCUGGGGCGCCAACUGCGAAAGUGCCAGCAAUUGAAAGGGAACCUGGAAAUUAUAGUGUCAGGCGGCGCGAACUUGAUGCAGCAGCUGGAGGAGAACCUGGGCCAGCUGAAGGUCGUGACGGGCUACUUGAAGGUGUACGGCUGUGACACACUCUUCUCCUUGAAUUUUCUAAGUAACCUGGAGAAAAUUGGAGGGGAGGAUUUGGUGCACGGCAGGUACGCCCUUUACGUGCUGGACAAUGAGAAGUUGCGGGAAUUAUGGGACUGGGAGCACCGCAACCACAGCCUUGAGAUCACCCGGGGAAUGCUCUUCUUCCAAUACAACCCAAGCCUAUGCCGGGGGCUGAUCAGGGAGCUGGCCAUCCGGGCACAGGUGACACAGGCAGACCGCGUUCAUGUGUCCCAUGCAGAGGACUCAGCGCCUUGCUACACAUCGGACCUGGAGGUGCGCUGCAUCCCUCUGAAGCAUGGGAGACUUGAAGUUUUCUGGAAGUACCACUAUCACGGCCGCGAUUAUCGGUUUGUUAUCGGCUAUUACUUGUAUUACCGGGAGGCGCCUGAGAAGGUCACACUUUAUCAAGGCCGCGACGCCUGCAAUGACAACAUGGUGUGGGAGAGGGUCUUUCGGGAGUACGAGCGAGACAAGGAAUGCGUGGUGGGCGUGGACAACCUCAAGCCCUACACUCAGUACGCCGUGUACGUUGACGUCUAUUACAUUGACGCUGUGAAGAACGCCAGCCGCUCCAGCAUCCAGUACAUCACAACCCAAGUCGGUAAGCCGUCUCCAGUGCGUGAGCUGAAAGCCACGUCUCAGAAAGGCACCUCGGCUCAGUUCUUGUCCUGGCGUGAACCUGCUGUGCCCAAUGGACCCCUGAAGGUGUACGAGGUGAAGUACGGGAGGCUGAAGCUUUCUCGUCCACACCUGCAACCCGAGGGUCGCGACGUGUGUGUGGACAGCAAAGAUGAGCCGCAGAACAAGACGAGGCCCAGCGUGCAUGAAGGGGGAGAGGAAAACAAGGUGACCCGCUGCUGUGCGUGUCCAGGCUCCGCUGCCAGCCUCUCAAAGGAGGAUCGACGCUUUGAUCACCAGUUUGACGUCCACUUCGAAACCUUUAUGUGGCAAAGCCUGCUCUGCAAAAGGGAUAGUGACGACAAUGAAAAUAAAUCAAUGCCCGCCUCCGUCAGCCUAAGCAAGCCUCCCGCCCAGCGCCUCAACUACUCCACUGCAGGCGAGGCCUUGAGGAAUGUGAGCGACAUCACCCCCAUGGUUGCCAGCGCAGGGACAGCUUCCACAGCCGCCAAGGAGCAGAACAUCCCCAGGCAGCGGAAACGAAGAAGCACUGUCCAUCAGUCAGCAGAAACACAAGUCAGGACAGACAAACACAUGAGCGACAAACAACGAAAGGAAGAGGAGAAAAAAAAUAAAUACAAGAAGGUGGAGCAUGAGGAGUGUGAAAUAAGCGCUGACACAAACGGCGACACAGCGGCGGUGUGUGACGUGAAGAAGAUAACGACCAACAAUACCCGCGUGACCCUGAUGGGUCUGUCGUAUUUCACACAGUACAGGGUGUGGGUGAGGGCAUGUCACAGCGAGGGCAGCGACUGCAGUGACUGGUCUGUUCUGGAUGUGACAACUCCUGCGGACAUGUCCAUAUAUAAGAUAAAAAACUUCAAGGUGAAACAAAGGAAAAUAAACGAGACGAAAUGGUCGGCCACAAAAUCAGAUGCCAUCUCCAGUAACUCCACGCCCAGAGCAGCGCCACAAACAGGCACCACGCUCCUCCUCAGUUGGGAUCCCCCGAUGGUCCCGAUGGAACACAUCCUGGCCUAUAUCAUCGAAUAUCAGUUGGAACAGACAUCUAAGAAAAAAAUAUGCGUCCCAGAGCAGAAGGUGCGUCACGCCGAGUACAGAUUUCCGCUGCAGAAGUUUGGCACCUACACUUUGCAGAUCAGACUUCGUUCUCCCAGCGGCGAUGGACCCCCUACCAGCCUCACCGUUAGGGUCAAGAAACCCGAUAUUUAUUGGGCUGUCCCUGUUGCCUUCUUGUGUGGCGGUUUGUUAGGUAUCUGCAUUAUGGAGGUGGCCUUAUGGAUGAGGUGGCGGAGAAGAAGCGAAGCUCCACAGUCCCCCAGCCAUAGCCAGACUUACGGAGAGCUCGUACUGAAGGCAGGACUAAAGCGUCUUGAGGAGGGUUUCGUCAUUCACGGCGACGCCCUACAAGUAAAGCUGGACCACAAACUCGGUCAGGGGUUCUUUGGGAAAGUCUACCUCGGAGUGCUGAAGCUUCCUGCAGGGGAAGAACGACAGGUGGCAGUGAAGACUCUCAACGAGAAAGCCACGUACCAGGACAUGAAACACUUCUUGGAGGAGGCCUCCGUCAUGCAGCAUAUUAGAUCGAACUUUGUGGUACGUCUGGUUGGCGUGGCUAACAGUUACCCGCCAAUAUAUGUCGUCAUGGAGUUUAUGGAGCGUGGUGACCUCAAGUCCUUCCUCUUAAGAGAGGAAGGGGCGACGCUUACAAAUGAAAAAAUGGUGGAAAUGGCGGUGGAGGCAGCAGACGGGAUGGCUUACUUGAAGGCCAAUAAUUGGGUGCACCGAGAUCUGGCGGCGCGCAAUUGUAUGCUGGGGGUGGUGGAAGACAGAAUCAUACUCAAGAUCGGAGACUUCGGCCUCACCAGAUACGUUACCACUGACUACUACAAGAAGAAGACAUGUGGUAUGCUGCCAGUCCGCUGGAUGGCCCCUGAGUCACUGGAGUACUACCGCUAUUCUGCCAGGUCUGAUGUGUGGAGUUACGGGGUGUUGCUUUGGGAACUUGCCACCGGUGGCCGCCAGCCUUAUGAGGGCAAACAGGAGGAGGAGGUGGGGGACUUCAUUCUCUCUGGUAAGCGGCUGGGACCUCCCGACAGAGGUCCAGAUUUCUUUUACCCGCUCAUGCUGAAGUGCUGGAACGCAGUACCCGAGCAGCGACCAACCUUCAAGCGAAUAGUGCAACGUCUUCUUCCAAUGACCUCCAAAAAGUAUUUGGAGUAUUUCCAGAGGGUGUCCUUCUUCCACAACCCCGGCUCCUCUGAGCAUGAGGGCCCGGAUGACAUUGACGAAGGGUUCAAUGCCAGCAGCUCAAGUCAAGAGGAAACUGAGGCUGGGCACUCGGGCUCAUACUCAUCUUCUUUGCCGCCUUUCCACCACCUUGACCAAGACAGCCAGGUUGAAAAUGAGCAACUUGAGAAUCAAAGCAGCGAAGACGAUACUGCAGUCGAGGACGAUCUGGUCUGCAUGACGCCUGAGGAGCCAUACGAGAGGCUGUGUUCUGGCCAGCUGCCUUGCAUCACGAGUCACGUGGGGCGAUUUCCACCAAGCGGUGAUGCUCCACACAAGAAGCUUCUCUUCCGCACUUCUUGUUUCGCCGAGACAUAGCCUUCUCCCUCACAGCCUCUUGGCGGCGGCUUCCACUCUUCACCUCUACAGGACACAGCUAGCCUUGAUUGGAACUGGCAACAGCGUUGUCCAGUCAUAAAGCUUUCCAUGACAAACAUCAAGUAGUACAUUGGUAACUGGUGUGAAUUAUGUGUUGUGCUUCACUUCUGAUAUACAUGUACCUGAACUGAUAGACCGAUGUGAUUUCAAACAUGAUCAUCACAAUGUGUCCUCUUUACUACCAGGCAUCGAGUCACGCCUUUCAUGUUCUUAAGACAGGGGGAGCGAGUUGCUCUGUUUUUAAUAUGGAACAUAAAUCUAAUAUGAAAAGUAACGUCAAGUACACUAUACAAUAUUUCAGUGUCAAUGCAGAAUGACAAGGCAUCUCACGAUGAACUGUAGAAUUCUGAGAGAGAGAGAGAGAGAGAGAGAGAGAGAGAGAGAGAGAGAGAGAGAGAGAGAGAGAGAGAGAGAGAGAGAGAGAGAGAGAGAGUGUGUGUGUGUGUGUGUGUGUGUGUGUGUGUGUGUGUGUGUGUGUGUGUGUGUGUGUGUGUGUGUGUGUGUGUGUGUGUGUGUGUGUGUGUAAGUCUUUAAAGUUUGGAUGAACAGAGGAGACAGGCACAGACUCCCGGAUCACACAGCUGACGGGUGGCUGUGUAUGUCCGAAGGUUUACUGCCUUGCGAGAAAUGUACUUAUGAAUGUUCUUGUAAUAAUGAAUAAUUUCCCUCAUAUCUACAAUACAUUCAUAUGUGGACACAGCAUUAUGGACUUAAUCGUACAACCAUUUCUGAUAUGCAGUUAUACUUUAGUUCAGACAGAAAUACGUGUUCAUUGUUCAUGGCUGGCACCAGAUGUAUGCUGCUGAACUCUGGAGCACUACUUAUCAUUCGUGCAACGAAGCUUACUGAUGCAUGUAACUGCUGGGUCUUCCUAAGCUUUUUCCUUGUUACUUCGCAAUGUUGUGAUAAUUCGGCUUCCGAGUACACUCGAAGGUUUGCAGCCAUUCGUCGCUUUAACAGGCGACACUGAACGGCAUCUCAUGACUGGUGAUGUGCUUAGCACUAUGUGACUCUACCAAGCAGUAUUUUUUGAUCAUUAAAUCAUUUACCUCCACAGGUGAAGUUUUCUUUCUUUCUUCGGUAUCAAUGACAGCAGGAGUGGCAUCGAGGUACUAAAAGUGAAGGUGAUAAUCAGUAGCCUUGAUUAUCCCCCCCCACAAUGUGUGUGUGUGUGUGUGUGUGUGUGUGUGUGUUCUCUCUCUCUCUCUCUCUCUCUCUCUCUCUCUCUCUCUCUCUGAUAAAGGAAGACUAUUUUAAAUUUCAUCGCAAAAUGUAUAAUCUGGUUGCGCCUCACAGCUCAGUAAUCACCUCGCCCGUUCUGGACGCAUUACACACAUACGUAUGCCAACCUUAUGACGGAUGAAUCAGUUUAGAGCCAUUCCAUACGCGACCAUUAAUGUCAACAAUACCAACAAUGCAGUUAAGCUUAAGUGUGCCCGCGCGCGCGCGCGCGCACACACACACACACACACACACACACACACACACACACACACGGUCUCUCUCUCUCUCUCUCUCUCUCUCUCUCUCUCUCUCUCUCUCUCUCUCUCUCAUAACAUUUUCGUUGUUAGAUAUCACAUCAUCCUUUCAAAACACUGUCUACAAUAAGUCAAGUAUUUUCUGAAAAUGUGAAAAAAGGACAUACCAACCUUCUUUUCUGUAAAGUGAACAAAAAUGUCCAAAGUGACUCUUCUCCUACCCUCAUUAUAGAUUUUAAUCUGCUUAGUCUUCAUUGAAACUCAGUGCAACUGAAAAUUGAAAUAUGAGGUACAAAUAUUUUCAAGCUUCUCCAAUUUUUAAAGUUACUAAUAUAAAUCCUGCGUUUUCUCACAACGCAUCGCAGAAAACGAGUCACAAAGGCACACUGAGAUAUAGUCUUAAAAGUUCAAUAUACUAUUUAUUGAUGAAGAUGAUAUAUGGAAAUAUGAUAUAUGGAAAUAUGAUAUAUGGAAAUAGGUUUCAUGCAUAUGUUUCAUGCAGAGACUGCCAUGCGUUGACCUGACGGCUUCUUGCAUCUUCCCUUAUUUUCUCUUUAUAAGGAACACCUGUAAGGCAACACUGGGUAACACCAAGAAAAUAGUGGUUGUAUAUUUACUACACGUUUUGGAAAAAAAAUACAAGAUAAGACAAAAGCAA